AUGGGGGAGAACGAGAAGUUGCAUCUUUCAGCCGAAGCCAAAAAGACAUCCAAGGAGAAGCAAAAUGCAGUUGCUGCCCAACCCCUUCCGCCUGCCCCUACGGGGUCCACUCAGUCCGAACGCCGUCAGGGCUCUUCCCAACCCGCGCAACGACGGAAGCUUCAGAAGAAGCCCCCGGGCACUUCGAAGCCCAUAAACAACAAUUACCGGACAAUGAGACCGAUUGGGGAAUACCCAUCGACCACGGAGUACCGAGCUGCUGGCGUGACUCCUCCGUCUGAACGGCCCCACCGCGUCGCGACCGUGCCGACCAACGUCCCGCGCGACGAAGCUGAGCGCAUUUCCCCCGUUAGCGGGGUUGAGAGCCUGACGGCCGACAAGGGCCAUGUUGAGAUCGCUGAAGAAGCGGCACUUGCCUCAAUCUCGAGUGGAGUCCAGACCCUGGCCGAUGAGGCCAUUCGCAGCGUUACCACCCCGGCCGAUGCGGCCACUCCUACCCUCCCAAGCGCAGACGACACAAACAAGUAUGUCACCGUGCUGAUGUCUCUUCCUUUGCACCCCUCAGACAAAUACGAUAUUGCCAAACUCCGGACCGUCAUCAAGUACGCCAUAAUCCACGCAACCGACAACGGCAACGAGGCGUCUGCCCUGGCCCUUCUUUACUUUUGGUCCAAUGCAGUGGAUGAUGAAUUCCAACUCUCUUUGGUCGCCAACAUCUCCGGAGGCGACGGGGGCGACGAACAACUUCGACUUGCCCUCCAGUCUGUCCUCAACAAUUCUAUUCCAGAUGCCCACAAGUGGUAUCAGAAAUACCUUCGCGCUACAGCUAAUGCAGCCGAUAUUCCCUCAUGCAGUGGAUCAAGCCUGCCACCUGGCAAUUCUAUUGACGCAGAGCCCAGCUUCAAGGUCUCCGACAUUUAUCGCGACACCAGUGGUCCUCGGGUUGAGGAAAACUUCCUGAGCGGCAAGUCGAAUACCGCUCCACUCAAGAGACCCAAGAAGCCAUGCAGAGUCAACGAGAAUGCCUACAAGCGCAAGCGCAAGUGGGAAAUGGAUCCUGACCACGAGGAAAAGAUGCGAGCCGUGCGUGCUCGUCUUCAAGCCGAGUCUUACUCGGAAUCAGUUGUCCGGUACAGUGCAAUUCGAACUCAGAUCGGACCCCCAGAUGCCAUCCAGCAUCCCUACAACAUGGAAAACAUUGACGCCGGUGUCGAUGGGGACAUGGAAGAGCUCAAUCGUUCGCGUUCCCUCCCUGCGCCAGGUUCUAUCCUCGAUAUACCUGUUGUCAAGGGUCCAGAGCCCGAGGCUCCUUCUGUCUAUUCACCAUCUGCUUCGCUUAUCGGUCGCAAGACUGGUAAGCCCGUUUCGCGACGCCAGAAAGAUAAGGCCAAGGGCCCUGAGAUCCCACAGCGUGCACGGUCGCUCUCUGUUGAUACCACAGUCUCAAGUCUUUCUUCGCUUUCAAAUUCUGCUUACUCAGUCCGAUUUAACGACUGGUCUGGCGGCCACGAGCCACGCCAAAUGCCGAAUUCUAUUGAACCCCCCGAGAACAGCGACGAUUGCCACCAAUGUGGAAAAGGUGGCGAUUUACUCUGCUGCGAUACAUGUAUUAAUUCGUACCAUUUCGACUGCUUGGAUCCUCCCUUGGAUCCCAAGAAUCCUCCGCAGGGAGAGUGGCAUUGCCCCAAGUGCUCCAUCCGCAACAGUUUCUCGACCUUGAUCGCACACUCCAAACACUAUAAGAAGACAGAGUUCCAACUUCCCCAGGAUAUCAAGGAACAUUUCCAUGGAGUUGAUGAAGGAAUUGUCUAUGAUGGUGAAUAUGCCCGGAAUUUGAAGCAUCAACGAUACUACAAGCCCGCGCCCCACCUGCCGCGGCUGACUAAAGCACCCAAGCAAGACGGCCCUACCAUUUACGCGAAUCCCAUGCUUCUCCGAGAAUACGACAACAAGGGAGACUGCAUCCGUUGCUCCAAGUGUGGUUUUACAUCCCAAGGUACACGUCCCAUUAUCACUUGCGACUACUGUCCUUGCCGCUUCCAUCUGGAUUGUCUUGAUCCUCCCCGCGCCAACCCCCCUAACCCCAAGGUCGGGUGGAUGUGUCCUAACCAUGUCACUCCUGACGAUAUGAUUGCCACCAAGGAGAUUAAUGGCAGCAAAGAGCGUACGCGCCGUGUUCGCCGAACCAAGAACAUGGCGUACAUUGAUUGUGACAUCAUGCUUCCUGACGACCCUAACCAAAGUCUGUUUGACGACGACUGGAGAGAGAAAAGAGCCCGUUUCCUUGGAGGCGAUGUCGUUUUGAACUUCAUCACUGCCGUCAAGAACGAUCACCAAGAACGUGAAAAUGAGUAUGCCAGGACUGUCGAACGAAAGUGCUUGGACUUGACCAAGCAACUCACCAAUGAAUACCUCAACCGUGCUGAAGCUGCCGGGAUUGCCAACAACAUCACACAGAACGGUCUUCCCGCAGAUUUCACCCAGAAUGUCUCUUCCGCUGUUAACACCAUGAUCGCCGGCGCUCCUGUUUCCACUGAAGAAUUUGACGCUGCCGCUGCCCUCCUCAGCAUGGCUACAAGCCAGCCUCCUGCUGUUGGCGAAGGUCACAUCGCCGAAGCUGCCGGGCCUGCCUCGCCCGUCACUCAGAAGCCUCUGUCUCGAAUUGACGAGGAGUCUACCUUGGGUUCUUCUCACGCCCCAACCUCUCCUCCCGACGCCUCUCGCCCUGCCAAGGCAUACUCAGAUGCCGAGGAGUCCCACGACUCCGAGCUUCUCCCUCGGAUCCCUGUUUUCAAGCGGAACAAGCGAUCCCGCCCCGAUGACCAUGGAUCGGCCGGAGAGCCGGCGCAGAAGCGCCAAUACACCAAGUCCAAGUGA